GUUGUUUCUGUUGGUGCUGAUAUUGCUUUUGAUGCCGACCCUAAAUUUUUUGCCUGUUUGGUUCGCUUUGAGUCUUCUUCGGUUCCGACUACCCUCCCGACUGCCUAUGAUGUUUAUCCUUUGGAUGGUCGCCAUGAUGGUGGUUAUUAUACCGUCAAGGACUGUGUGACUAUUGACGUCCUUCCCCGUACGCCGGGCAAUAAUGUUUAUGUUGGUUUCAUGGUUUGGUCUAACUUUACCGCUACUAAAUGCCGCGGAUUGGUUUCGCUGAAUCAGGUUAUUAAAGAGAUUAUUUGUCUCCAGCCACUUAAGUGA